AUGCCUGUAUGUGCUGAUUUUGGUUUGUGUUCGUCAAGCCCAUGUAAAAAUGGAGGAACUUGUACAGACCUGCCUGGUGGAUAUUCUUGUGCCUGUGCAGAAGGCUGGAAGGGUAAAACCUGUGAAGAGACAAAGACUUGUAAGACCAGUCUAUGGGACGAAUGUGGGUGUUCUUUGGGAGAGUGGAAAGAGUGGGUUGAUUGUAGUGAGUCGUGUAACGGUUACACAUACAGGUUAAGAUCAAUCUGGCUUUACCAAAACAAAGAAGGAUGUCCAUUCGUAUUUGAAACUUGUGCACCUACAGAAUGUGGAUAUGAACUUGAUUUUUGUAACACAGACUCAUGUCAGAAUGGUGGACUGACAACAUACCAGCAAUGUUUGUGUACAGGGGGACACACAGGCCAAUGUUGUGAUGAAGAUGUGACUUGUCCAGAUCCUACUCCAGCCAAUGGAUUUGUUUCAGAAAGUCUGACAGAUUAUGGUUCCUGUGUAGAUUUUGGGUGUGACAAAGGUUUCAAACUAGAUGGGUCAUCCCAUAGCUGUUGUCAUGCUGAUGGUAAAUGGUCUGGUGAAAGACAGUGUGUUGGAAUUGUAUGUCCAGCUUUUGAUGUGGUCAAUGGAGCCAUAUCUGUAACUGAUGGAGUCAAUUACGGAAGUACAGCUACUAUUACAUGUAACACUGGAUACAAUUUGAAUGGAGCAGGUACAGCAACUUGUGAGGAUGGAGGUGUAUGGUCUGCUCCUAAACCUGUCUGUGAAAGAAUUGUAUGUCCAGCUUUUGAUGUGGUCAAUGGGGCAGUAUCUGUAACUGAUGGAGUCAAUUACGGAAGUACAGCUACUAUUACAUGUAACAUAGGAUACAAUUUGAAUGGAGCUGGUACAGCAACUUGUGGGGAUGCUGGCUCUUGGUCUGCUCCUAAACCUGUCUGUGAAAUUGUUACCUGUCCAAAGCAUACUAUUGACCAUGGAACUGUUACUGGCACUGCUGCCACAUAUGGACAUGACAUUAGUUAUAAAUGUGAUGAUGGAUUCCAGCUGGUAGGUGAUCACAUUAGAAAAUGUGGUGCUGAUGGUCUGUGGACUGGAGAAGAAGCUACCUGUCAAGACAUUGAUGAGUGUGCCACUAAGCCAUGUCAGAAUGGAGCCCAGUGUAAUGACCAGAUCAAUGGAUACACUUGUACAUGUGUUGAUGGCUUUGCAGGUGUACACUGUGAAGAAAAUAUCAAUGAAUGUGCUCCUGCACCAUGUAAGAAUGGAGCUACCUGUAAUGACCAAGUGAAUGGAUAUACCUGUACUUGUGUUGUUGGUUAUACAGGGACACUGUGUGAAGCUGAGAUACCAUGUAACCCACUGGACGUAGUGCCUCAUGUCACAGUCCUCACAAGUGGUGUAGAGGUUGGAGAGUCCGUAACAUAUGCCUGUGAACAUGGUUUCCAGUUGACAGCAGGAAACUUGAUGAGAACCUGUCAGCUAGCACCCUCCUGGAGUGGAAUGGCUCCAGUAUGUUCUAUGAUACCAUGUGCCGAUCCCAAUGCCAUCCUCAAUGGAAAAUUCACCAAGUUAGACUCUCCAGUAAUGCCAGGAAGUCAAGUUACAUAUACAUGUGAUGUUGGUUAUCAGCUUGAGAAUGGCCAUUCAACUAUGUCUUGUGAAGUGGGAGGUCUCUAUACUGGUGCCCUGCCUGUUUGUGCUGAUAUUGACUUUUGUAUUGGUGUGAGUUGUAACAAUGGAGGCACAUGUCAUGAUCAGCUGACAGACUUUGUUUGUGAUUGCACUGGAAACUACUAUGGCAAGCUUUGUCAGAACUUGGAUGGUGGAUGGACAGAGUAUUCUGAUUGGUCUGUAUGUUCCACCACAUGUGGAGAAGGAAUACAGAUUGCCACACGUACCUGUACUAAUCCUCAACCAGAGGAGGGUGGAGAGGAUUGUAUUGGAGAUGCCCAGUCGAAGAAAGAAUGUAAACUAACUGAAUGUACCUUGCCACCAAAGACAGAUGAAGGUUUUGUACAAGAUUUCUUAGUUCACUGA